CCGGAUGCCGGCACCGGACAUAAAUCCGAGACAAUUUAAACGAACGCUUUUCUGUCUCUUCUCCGAGCCAAGACGUUCGGCUGACGUGUCUCUGUUCGCGAAAUGCAGCAACGUAGGCACCAGUCCUACACUGCGGCCAUCACGGCCCAGGACGGGUGCAACGCUGCCGCAGAACAUGCUUCAAUGCCGCCCCGGCCACACAGAAUCCCAAUAGCGACGGUUACUGGCCAUAUUCCUUGUUUUCCAUUGUCAUCAAUCCACAAUUGGUGUUGCUCAUGCCGCUAGGGCAGCGGACAAUCCUGCCAAGCGACUGAAAAUGCGGCGUCGGGACCACUAUGGCCGCGAUGCUACUCUGCUACAUAACCAGUGGCGGAUGGUAAGCCGCGCUAUGCGACUGUAGAAGGUUUGGAGCCUUGGUGUACACUGAGACACGGUAUAUCUUGCCAAGCACGCAUAAAUAUGUAUACGGCUUUGCGCUGCUUCGAAUGGCUUCUGCGGCGCAUUUCUGAAGUCCAUUUAUCCAAACACAGAUCAACAAGAUUAGCAAUGGAUUCCCGCGAGGAACAAGAAAUCCGAGAUACUGCACUUCUGCAGCAGCAUAUCGGAUACAAGCAAGAGUUGAAACGGUCAUUCAGCGCUCUUCAUUCAUUCGCCCUCUGCUUCACAAUCACCGGCCUCGUUCCCAGCAUUGCAGCUACUAUUCCAUAUGCCUUAGCCGCAGGACCGGCAGGAUUGAUAUGGGGAUGGGUAAUUGGUCUGGCAUUUAUCACCACCAUUGCCACAGCCCUUGCCGAACUAUCUUCUGCACUUCCCACAACUGGUGCAUUGUACUUCUGGACGUUCUACUUUGGCCCCAAAAACCACCGCGGUCUUCUUUGCUACAUCAUCGGAUAUCUGAACACCCUUGGUAGUGUCGUGGGCCUCAUGUCAAUCUCCUAUAGCGUCGCGCUCAUGAUAUCUUCUGUGGUCGGUAUUGCCACCAACGGCGAAUGGACAGCAUCAAGACUGCAAGUGUACCUGAUUGCUCUGGCAGUCAUGGUCAGCCAUGCAACGGUCUCCAGCUUGCCGGGGAAAGCCCUCGCCGCCAUGCAGACCGUAUACAUGGUUGGAAAUUUCCUCAUCAUUAUUGUCGUUGCCAUCGUACUUCCGGCAUUGACACCGAGCGAGAAACGUCCAGACGCCAGCUGGGUCUUUACUCAUGUGGACAAUGGCAGUGACUGGCCUACAGGUUUUACCUUCAUCUUGGCCUUUUUGAUGCCUCUUUGGACAGUGAAUGGCUUCGAGUCUUCCAUUCACAUCUCUGAGGAAACUCGUGAUGCAGUCCGCGCUGUUCCUAAAGCCCUCAUGUGGAUUGUGGUUGCAAGUUUUGUCCUCGGCCUCGCCUGCGUGAUUGGCAUUUCUUUCUCCGUCAAAGACUUUGAGGCCGUUCGCAAUACCCCCCUGGGACAGCCAAUGGCACAGAUCUUGCUUGACUCUUUUGGCUACAGCGGAGCUCUGGCAGCAUGGACAUCCAUUGCCUUCCUUACAUGGACCAUGGGAUCUUCCGUUAGUAUUGCCACGAGUCGUCAAGUAUGGGCAUUUUCCAGAGAUGGCGCCCUCCCGUUUUCCAAAAUCAUCUCUCGGGUCACUUCACGGGGCGUUCCCAUAUUCGCCAUCUGGUGUUCUCCCAUAAUUGCUGCCCUAUUGGGUCUGCUGGCCUUGAUCAACGAAGUUGCGGCGUCCGCUCUAUUCUCCUUGGGCGUCGUGGCGUCCUACUCUUGCUAUGCCAUCCCCAUCUUCUCACGGCUUACUUGGGGCCGUGACCGGUUCGUCCCAGGGCCUUUUUACACUGGCGACUUCUUGAGUCCAAUCAUUAACUGGACAUGUCUCAUCUGCAUGGCAUUUUUCUGGAUCAUUUUCUUAUUCCCAACCAGCGGCCCUCACCCAACUGCAGAAAACAUGAACUACGGUGCCGUCAUCUUUGCUACCGUCAUUAGUGGUGUUCUCAUUUCGUGGUAUCUUCCCAAUGUUGGAGCAAAGCACUGGUUCACUGGACCAAAGAACGAUUACGCAAUGGAAAACGGCCUUGCAACCGAGACGAUCGAAGGAUCCAUUGUUCAUUCGAGUUUGGAGAAUAGACGCAUGUCGAACAAAGCGUGUGAGAUUCUGGGUAUUCAUUAUCCCGAAAAAGAAAAGCAACGACUGGGACAGGAACCCUCACGCUAGGUUUAGGAAAUUUAUGAAGAGAGCUAUUUGGAAAACUUACGCAUCCUUUUUAAUAAUGUAGACGAAUGUUUAACUUUUGUCUAUUCUUUUGCAUCAGAAAUACCCUGUUUGCGCUUUUCCGACGCCAGAUACUGAAUGUGCUGUUUUUCAAUCGCGGCCCGUCCUAUUGCUUCCUUAUGUCGUUGUAUAAAUUCUUGAACUUUUUCUGCAUCUACCAUCCCGUCGAUAACAUUUGACUGAUCGAACUUGCAUCCAAAUUCUUCACUGCCUUCCAAAAUGAUAAGUUUGAGUGCUUUAAUAAGAUGAGAUCUGUAGUUUACAGAUCGAAUAUCGCUCGCAUCUUCGACUGGCGGAAUAGCGUCUUUAAUAAGUGUGCGGUAGACCAUGUCUCGGUGUCGUUCGAUUAGGUAUUCUCGUCGUCGUUGUGUAUAUUCCUUUGUUACUCCAAAGUGUAUCAUCGCUCGAUCAGUCACCUCUUUCCGUGAUGUCUGCUGUUGUUUGAACCGUCCGCGCCUUUGGCAAUCUGGAAUGAAACUCUCCACGAACUGCCUGUAGACUGGCCUCAUUCGCACCCUUUUUCGGUCAUUUGAAGAAAGGGUCUGGGCAUCUAUACCAGAACUUGCACCAACUCUGUCCUUGUCUCCUGGAAUAGACGCCAAGGGCGAUUUUGUAGAGUAUUCAAACAUGUCGUUGACACUAUCAAACGGACGGUCCCAGUAGUCGUCAAUAGGGAAGCCGAGAAAUGAAAGGACUUGGGCUGGUUCAUCGGUAAGGAAUACCUUGGCUUUGUUCUUGUUGGUCGACUCAACUUCCUCAAUCCUUAACCAAAAUCCACUUUCGUCAACGGUAAUACCGUAUGGGCGGAUCAUGGAGCCGACAAUACUCCAGAGGUCGCCAUGAGCGUGCUUGAAAAGAACCCAGUUCAGAUGCUUGAGUGUUUCGCACACUCUUAUGUCUACUUGAAUAUAGCGCUUUUCUGUGUCAGUGUCAUUUAUAAAUUGUUCGGGCCACGGAAUGGCAAAGUUGGCGUUGGCGCCAUUGCCUUUUGUGUAAAUGUAGUCCACGGCGUCGAGGAUGUUGGCCAGCUCCUCUACCCAUUGCCUGUCGUCUAAUACUUUUCCCAGUUUGUGAUGGUAAACAAGAAUAUCAACAUCACCAAAAUCCUUCUUUCCAGGUCCGUCAAUCGGAGUAGCAACGCAGAAGAAAUGCUGAAAAAGAAGACGAUGGCAAUGCUGCCGGACGCGGAGAUAAACCUCAGUCGGCAUGCGAGGCGUGCUCAGAUUGCGACCACCAGAGGAAAAUGCAGAUCCCCCCAUGAUUCAAUUUCAAAUUAAAUAUGGUCUUCUUCAGCUUAUGGGAUGUAGUUGAAGUCCUUAAAAGCAGAAAAGGAAGCCGAGCCGAGUUGACGUGAAAGCGCCACCUCGUAACCACAACGCGUUGAG